AUGGCCGUCAACGCAUCCGUCGCGUUUGACCUCCCUCCGCUCCCGACGUACACAAUGAGACCGCGGGAGAAUCUCAUCGCCGCCAUUCCCGAUAACAUACUAUCGCUAAUUUUGCCUAUCGUCGCGUACUGGGGCUUAUCCAUGAUCUACCACUACCUGGAUGUCAAUGAUUAUUUUGUCCAAUACCGCCUCCACACCCCGGCCGAGGUCUUGAAGCGAAACAAAGUUAGCCGAUGGGAAGUGGUUCGCGACGUCGUUCUGCAACAGAUCAUUCAGACAUUCGCCGGCUUGGUCUUCCUCUGGUUUGACGCCGAAGAAACGGUGGGACGCGAAGGCUAUGAUGUCGCUGUUUGGGCGCAGCGGCUACGCAUACUCCAAAAGGCCAUCCCGUCAUUGUUGACACUUGUUGGAGUGGAUGCGGCGGGCCUUGCGAAGUCCGUCGCCCAGAACGGCCACACAAUGCUGGCCGGAGCAAUUGCCGGUGGAUCUUAUCCCGGGGUGACCCAAUCUCUGGUCCUUGACACCGGGGCCACGGCUGUGGUGCCCGCUUUCACGGGAUGGGAGCUUGCCGCUGCGGGCUUCAUCUAUUGGUACUUCGUCCCGGCCCUGCAGUUCAUGUUGGCGAUUUCCAUUGUCGACACCUGGCAGUACUUCCUUCACCGAGCUAUGCACCUGAACCGCUGGCUCUAUGUGACCUUCCAUUCUCGUCAUCAUCGUCUCUACGUUCCUUACGCCUUUGGUGCUCUUUACAACCACCCUUUCGAGGGUUUCCUUUUGGAUACUGCCGGAACCGGAAUCGGGUUCUUGGUUUCCGGAAUGACCACUCGUCAGGCGAUGUGGUUCUUCACACUAUCCACCAUCAAGACCGUCGAUGACCACUGUGGCUAUGAGUUCCCCUGGGAUCCUUUGCAGCACUUUACAUCCAACAAUGCGGCUUACCACGACAUCCACCACCAAAGCUGGGGUAUCAAGACCAACUUCUCCCAGCCUUUCUUCAUCUUUUGGGAUCGCAUGCUCGGCACCCAAUGGAAUGGCGAUGUUUCCCAGCGCUAUGAACGCGCGCGUGAAAAUGCGCAGAAACAAGUGGAUCUCGACGCCGCCAAGGCAGCUGAAGUCGCUCCAACUGUGACGGUCAAAGAGGAACGUGAGCAUGAGCGAGUGGUAGUAUCGACAGAGGGCCCCGCCACGCGCACUCGGCUUCGUCGCAAGACGGUCGAUAGUCUCAAGGGCCCUAGCCAUGGGGUACCCGGGAGUGUCCUCCACAACUAA